AUUCUCUGGUUGACACAUAAUUGUUUAUUUUUCUUCGGAGUCUUAAAAGAAAAGAUCCAUUUAGGUAUAGGUGUCAAUAAAGCAUUGUUUUAGAUCAAUAUUGUGUGGAGAAACUUUUGACUGAUUUGAUCAAAGGUUAGAUUUUUAACACUUGGAGGUGUAAAAAACAAGAGAGGACUAGUUUAAAUGAAGAUAUUUUUUCUUUUUAACUUGACUUGAGAGAACAAGAUACAAACAUUUCUGAGUUCUAGGCUUUUGUAAUGACUUGUGAGUUUUAUAUUUCUGGUUCGUUUGCUUUGUUUUAGUUUUACUAAUUGGAAUCAAAAGAUAUUAAGUUUUUAUGUUAUGAUUAGAUUGCUUGAUGAUUUCUGGAUAUAGAGGAAUCUAAGAAUAGAAAUCAAGAAGAUGCUAAUUGAUGUCUUAAGAAUUUCCUUGUAGAAGUCUCUUGUAAAUUGAUUCCCUUUAUUUGAAAGUUUUGAUUCAGAUUCUCUCAUUUAGCUGAUCUCCCUUUUUAAGUUUCACUUCUCUUUUAGUUUAUAGCAUUGGGGUCUUUAUUAUUUUAUUCUCCUGAUUUCUUGGAAAUUUUAUGUUGAAUUUGAAUCAAUUUAAUUGAGAAGUGAAACUCUGUCGAAGGGGGAUUUAACUUUUUUCUAGAGCUUUAUGUAACUGUCAAAUGGUAAUGGUGGAUGAAAUUUGUUUUGCGAUAUGAUUAACAACCUGUGUUAAAUCACCGGGACUAAGAUAGUAACAAACACAAGAAGCUUCUUGCCAGAACCAGCAAUGACUAAGCUGCCUUUGGUUCCUCUUACUCACGAAAAUAGACGUAUUAGCUCGAGUGUUCCACAGAGUCGACUUGGUAUCAAUAUAGAGUCAAUUUACGACGAAUUUCAGGAAGGUGAGGGCAAUUCGUUGUCGAGGGCUAGGAAAGGUGGAACUUGCUUGAUUGCUAGUGAUGCUAUUAGCCAGGAAGGCAAGGAAGAUGAUCCGGUGGCACUCACUAGUGACCAAUUUCGGGAUUCCAUAUCUUCUCAAUAUGUCUCUAAUGGUACUAGCAGCUUGUGCAUUCGGGAAUGUGCAGCUCUGGAAACUGAUUCUGAGACAAUAGCAGCUGUUUCCUUAGAUGAAAAUGGUGAUAUUGCUCAUGGCAUUAAGAAACUUGUUUCAUGGGAGUCGAAUAUGAAGUCAGAGAUAAUCAGUGAUCUCGUUUCUAUUGAAGAAAAUUGUGAGGCUUUAGGCAUUGAUGCAUCAAAAAGGACAUUUUCGGCUUCCAAGGUUUCUGAGGAAGUGAAGACGAAAUUGAAUUUUCCUCCUCUUUGGGGAUUCACAUCUGUCCGUGGAAGGAGGCUGGAGAUGGAAGAUACUGUCAUAGCUUUACCUUGGUUUUUGAGUAUCCCUUCUCAACUGUUGACUGAUAUACCAGUUAUGAAUGUCAAGCAUCAAGAUUUAAAAGCCCACUUCUUUGGAGUAUAUGAUGGACAUGGAGGCCGGCAGGUUGCUGAAUAUUGCCGUAAACGUAUUCAUUUAGCUUUAGCUGAGGAGAUCAACAUUGCAAAAGAAAAUUGGCAUAAUGGAAUUGAUGAUUAUUGCAAUCAGGAGGAACAGUGGAAGAAGAUCUUUCUGAAUUGUUUCCGUAAAGUUGAUGAUGAGGUUGGAGGAUUCCAUGGAGGAGAUGGGGAAAGUGCUAUGGUUGAACCUGUUGCUCCCGAGGCUGUUGGAUCUACAGCCGUGGUUGCAAUUGUUUGUCCAACACAUAUCAUUGUUGCGAAUUGUGGUGAUUCAAGGGCAGUCCUUUGUCGAGGAAAAGCACCAAUGCCAUUGUCUGUAGACCAUAAGCCAAACAGAGAAGAUGAAUACCUCAGGAUUGAGGCUGCAGGAGGCAAGGUCAUUAAUUGGGAGGGCUAUCGUGUUUGUGCAAUGCUUGCAGUAUCAAGGUCCAUAGGGGAUAGAUUUUUGAGACCCUACGUAAUAGCAGAUCCUGAAAUCAUGUUUGUUCCUCGAGCAAAAGAAGACGAUUGCCUUGUUCUAGCUACUGACGGUCUAUGGGAUGUAAUGACAAAUGAGGAGGCAUGUGAUUUGGCUCGAAGGCGGAUUCUACUGUGGCACAAAAGGAAUGGUCCCGCCCUGUCUAAAGAGAGAGGCGAAGAGGUUGACCCUGCGGCUCAGGAUGCAGCAGAAUACCUCUCAAAGCUUGCUUUUCGGAGGGGAAGCACAGAUAAUAUCUCUUUGAUCGUAGUGGAUCUGAAAGCUCAAAGGAAGUUCAAAAAGAAGAGUUAGGGUAAUUGAUUCUUGCUGUUACUUCCAUUUCUUUUCGACGAAUAUAGCUGAAAAUCUCAUUCUGUCGACAUAAUUUGAAAAAUUGUGUUUCAAAGUUUAGCUUCAGAGUCUGCAGGCUGACCUUGUAGACAGAUGUUUAUGGAUAUAUCAUAAUGUCUAAUAUAAGAGCGCAUAUUGAAAUUGUAUCACUAAGAGAAUUGCUAAUUUAUUUUAUGGUUGGAUUUCCCUGCAUUCAA